AUGAACGGGUGUGAGAUGGGAGGAUUGGCUGUGUACCCCAAUGAACCCUCGCCAUGGUAUGAGUUUGAGCUGCUCAAGAAGGGCCCAGGCGAGGGCGGUGGUCCGACCCUCUUCCUCCAUUAUAAGGGCAGCAACAAGCAUGUCAUUCCGGGCAUGUCGUGGAAAGGCCAUCCGGAAGGCUGCAACCAGGGAGGACGGAGACACAGAAAUUUCUUCGAAGACGACCCUCCGUGCAUCUCGGGGCCGGCCUCGACUCGGGAGCAGCUGACGGGGUGCCUGUGGAAAACGUCUUCACGAUGCAUGGGGUUCGUCCCGACCGAGUCCAGGCGAAUGCGGCGAGACUAUUACCACCAGGAGAAAGUCAUGGCUGUCUCCGUGGACGACUUCAUCUGGGACCGAUUUCAGACCAUCGUUUCUUGGACGCAUCAGCGGUGGGUAUGGCACACGGAAACAGUCCUGAGCGAAUCAUCUCACGUUAUGUUUUACGAUGAUCUCCAGGCCAGCCCCAUGGGCAUGAUCGACCUCGCCGCGUUCAUGGGUCUGGAGUGUUCCGAAGACCAGGCCCGUAAAGUGUGGGAGUCUCACCAGAAUGCCGUGCCUCACGGCGACUACACCACUCACGGGCUCCAACUGGGCACUAUCGAAUGGAUGAACGCCACCAUGGCUAGUCUGCUCCCCACGGCAGUGUCGCUUCACUGGGGACUUAACCCGACCGACACCUGA